GGGCGGUCGCUACUGACGCCAGGGGACAGAGCGAGGACGGCGGCCCGGGCGUACUGGGCGCGGCGGGAGCGGCUACCCCGCGUCCAGCUCCGAGGGAUGGAAAGGGUCCGGUGCUGCCCCGCGUACGGAGACGACCCGGGGCAGCAGAAGCGCUGCGGGCUCCUCUGGGCUGGCUGAAGUGGCCCGGUGGGCGGGGGACUCGCCGGCGGCCAGCCGGCCGCUGCGGGGCCUGGGCGGGUAAACUUUGCCGGCAGGACGGUGCCCGCGCCAGGCAGCCGCGUCCAGGCGCUCCCAGGCAGGAUUCGGUGCGUGCUAGCGGUCCGUGCGUUGUGCCGGCUCAACGGCGCAGGGCCGCACGGGCGCGCAGACAGCGUGCGGGGCUAGAGCCCGCGACGGGGCGGGCCCGUGGGUCCCGCGGAGCAGAGCCUCGGUGGUGACGGGUUUCGGGUUCACCAGCUUUGACCGGCGAGUGCCGCAGAGCUGCCGAGCCUGUCCGGAGGGCUGACACUUUGCCAUCAGGUGAUGGCCGAUACACCGUGUCUGGAGUGGAAUAAUUCGCUUGAAUUUUGUCUUCUUUUUGACGCCUGUUGUCUUUAGUGUAUCUGACAGCAGCCCCUGUCAUUGUAUGCACUUCAACCUAAAUAUUUGUAGAGCCUCGAACAGACUUCUUGGUGUAUUUCUGCGCUGCAGGUUCCUAAGGAAUAACCCUGAACCUUUUAACAAGUGUGGUCUUUCCAUCCGAAGCGUGUUCUGAGGUUUUACAAGUACAGUUUCAUGUGGUUGAAAAAAACUACAGGGAACCACUGAUAUAUGAAGAUGAAACCAUGAAGAGAAAGCAGAACGAAUAAUAAUGCUUUUCCGAAACCGUUUUCUGUUCUUGCUGGCUUUGGCAGCCUUAUUAGCCUUUUUGAGCCUCAGUCUACAAUUCUUGCAUUUAAUCCCAGUGAACUCUGUCAGGGAAGAUGGGAUGAACACUAAGAGCCGAAAGAGAAUAAUGCCUGGUUUGCUGACUGAGCCUCCUGCAAUAGAUCCUGUUUAUGAAGCGCGUGUUUACUGCAACAUUCCCACCAUUGCGGAGCGCAGCAUGGAAGGGCAUGCACCUCAUUAUUUUAGGCUAGUUUCAGUUCAAGUGUUGAUUCGACAUGGCGACAGAUAUCCACUAUAUGCCAUUCCCAAGACAAAGAGACCUGACAUUGACUGUAUACUGCAGCCUAACAGGAAACCUUCUCAUCCUCAGCUUGAAGCUUUCAUUAAACAUAUGUCAAAAGGGUCUGCAGCCCAGAUGGGUGGUUCCCUAAGCAGCCUGCCUCGCUACCCUAGCCAUUCUUUGUGUGAAAUGGGAGAGCUAACACAGACAGGGGUUGUGCAACACUUGAAAAAUGGACAACUAUUGCGAGAUAUUUAUAUAAACAAACAUAAACUGCUUCUGAGUGACUGGACAGCAAAACAGCUUUACUUGGAGACAACAGGAAAAAGUCGAACCCUGCAGAGUGCUUUGGCACUGCUCUACACUUUUUUGCCAGAUUUUGACUGGAAGAAAAUUAACAUCAGACAUCAAUGGAGCACCAUUUUUUGCUCUGGAAGCUGCAACUGUCCUAUGCGAAACCACUACCUGGAAGAGGAACAGCGCAGACAGUACAGUUUGCGGGUGAAAAACAAUGACUUAGAGAAAAUAUAUGUGGAUAUGGCAAAGGUUGUAGGCAUUCCCACCAGGCAGUUGAGAGCUUCUAACCCAAUAGAUUCUCUCUUGUGCUAUUUUUGCCACAAUGUCAGUUUUCCAUGUACCAAAACUGGCUGCAUUGAUAUGGAACACUUCAAAGUGAUCAAAAGACACCAGUUGGAGGAUGAGAGAGAAAGACAGGAAAAGAAACUUUAUUUCUUAUAUGCACUAUUGGCUACUCAUCCUCUCCUCAACCAAACUGUUAAUCGGCUGCAGCGUAUUGUAGAAGGGAAGAAAGAAGAAGUAUUUGUUCUUUACUCUGCACAUGAUGUCACAUUGUCACCUGUUCUUAGUGCCUUGGGCAUUACAGAUGCCAGAUUUCCUAGAUUUGCUGCCAGAUUAGUUUUUGAGCUGUGGCAGGAUGGGAAGAGACCCAAAGAUCACUUUAUCCGCAUCCUGUAUAAUGGCGCUGAUGUCACAUUCCAGACCUCAUUUUGUAGGGAUUAUUAUAAAAAGUCCACAAAACCAAUGUGCCCCCUAGAAAAAUUUGUCAAUUUUGUCAAGAGGGAUGUGUUCUUAAUUUUUAACAGCACUAGUUAUUACGAUGCAUGUCAUAGAAGACCACUGUAGGGAAGGAGAGUGGGAAGGAAACGAUGUUAACUUGUGUAUCAGUGAAAGUCUGUGUUCUGAUUGAGGCACAGUUCAGUUCUGUUAUUUCUUGUAUGUGUAAGUACAAAAGGAUAUUGCUUGAAACAUUCUUCAAAUAGUUUUAUUUUCAUUCAGUCUGCAGGUAGUCUCCAACAGAAGAACAAGUACUGAGGGGAUGUUAUUGUAUGUGUGUGCUCACGUAUGCUGUGUGAACUCUGAUGAUAAAUCACAUGGCUGUUGUAACCUGGAUGUCACUUGAUAAAGGGUGAGAAAGCAUAGACUUUGUUUUCCUGUACUCUGGAGCAAUACUUGGAUAUCUUAAUUUUAAAACCAAACCCACAAUUUCAGUCAUUUUAAGCAGUUUGUAUCAUGGUCUUUAUGAAUUCCAGGCAUCUGUAUUAAAUAAUUUGUAACUAAUUCUUGAACCUCCCUACUAAAAAGAAAGCCUUGUAAUGUUUAGGGGCAGGUCUUUAAAGCAAAGUGCAUGUGUGUAUCUGUGCAUACUUGUCUGAGCACGUACAAAGGAGCAUGUGCCUUUCUGACCUUGUAGACCUAUAAAUAUUUGGCUAUUGUUGCCAGUGCCAGAGAAGAGUGUACUGGAGAAUAGAUACAAAACUCUAUUCUUUGAUCGCACUUUCAGCACUUUGAAUAGUUCAAACACAGUCUAGAAAUACAUAAAGGUCUCGUGACGUUAAGAUAGAUAGCAAAUGCUAACAUUACCACUAAACCUGAGUGGGAAAUUAGGGUUAGAAAUCAGUUUUAUGGUGAAGUUUUGGUCUGUUUCCUGUUGUGAACAUGUUAAAGCUGCUCUGCUAUGGAACAGAUCAGUGGUUUUGGAAUUUGAUGUAGUGACUGCUUGAGACAGCUUGACUGAACACUAAGAAAAUUUUGUAGUUGAUUUAGUAUUUUUAUGGACUAGGAAGUUCUUAUUUUGUAAGAUUAGACCUGUAUGUAUUGUACUGUGUAUAUUUGUAACACAGUAGAUUUUUCUUACUUGUUUAGUUUGUAAAGAAUUGUGAAGCUCACUUUAGAUGUUUUUUUCCCCUUGAUCAGGAUGUUUAGACUUAAGAAUAAACUGUCUUUUAGGGGUAACUUGAACAAUGAGUAGAUAUGAAAACUUGUACUUCAAACUGCUUUCAUCUGUUUAGGAGUGGUAAAUUGAGAACCAAUUUUUAAUAGAACUCAUAGAAAUUUUAUAAUGGUGGAAGUUUUUUAUGCCUCUAGAAAUAAUUUAGUUUGUGACUUGUGAUGCAAUGGUGCUAGUUUAUCAAAGAAAACACAACUCAGCGUAAGUUCUCUGACUGUUGGCACAUUCCACUCCCUCUGUUUUCAAUGCUGCAUUUGAGAAUGUUUUUUUAAAUAAAAUUUUGGGGCCUGUUUGUAA